AUGAGACAUGCCCAGCCUAGCCGCCCCGGCGGCGGCGUCAACGACGGCGCCAGCAGGGACGAGUCGCCGGCGGCCACGGAGACGGUUACGGUCGGGCAGGCUCUGCAGGCGGUGGCGCUGAGCCCGGCCGGAGCCAGGCCGGUGGACCGCGCCGACGCUUCGGCGAUACAGGCCACGGAGAAGAGCGUGACGGGGCUGGGCCGCGUCGUCCCCGGCGGCGUCGCCGCCGCGGCGCACCGGGCCGCGGAGGCGAACGAACGCGAAGCCGCUGCCGCCGAUGCGCGCGACGGCGGCGAGGUGGGGAAGGUGGUGACGCUCAGGGACGUGCUGGGCGACGCCGCGUCCGUGAUGCCGGCGGGAAGCAACAGGGCGGCCACGUGGGUGGACGCCGAGAAGGUCGCCGCGGCCACGGGGAGCAGCGCGGGGAGGGGAGGCGGCGGGAUGGGCGAGGUCGCCGACGCGCUGGCGGCGGCCGCGCACAUCAACGAGGGGUCGACGCUCUAG